AUGUUCAAGUUCAAGCGAGGGAGAAAAGAAAGAACUUCAAAAGUCUUAGACGGACUAGAUGCCCCUGCUUUGGCCCGCUAUAUCACAUCGGGAAAGUGUAAAAACAUUACGCUCAUGCUGGGUGCCGGCGUCAGCACCUCAGCGGGCAUUCCUGACUUCAGAUCUCCAGAGACAGGGCUCUACGCCAACCUCGCAAGGUUGAAUUUGCCUUAUCCAGAGGCAGUCUUCGAGAUCAACUUCUUCAGGCGAAACCCUACUCCGUUCUAUACAUUGGCACAGGAAUUGUACCCUGGAAAAUUCCGCCCAACAAUCACGCAUUCAUUCAUCAAGCUGCUCGCUAACAAGUCGCUCCUCCAUACUUGCUUCACGCAGAAUAUCGAUACUCUAGAACGGCGUGCAGGAAUUCCAGCACAAAAGAUCAUCGAAGCUCAUGGGAGCUUCGCAAAGCAACGCUGCAUACGAUGCAAGAUCGAAUUCGAUGACGACUCGAUGAAGGAGCAUGUCCUGCUCGGUAAGGUGCCCAAAUGCGAAACAUGCGGCGGCUAUGUCAAACCCGACAUUGUAUUCUUCGGCGAAGAUCUUCCGCCCGAAUUCAUCAAUGCGAUUCCUCGCCUUGCUGAUUCUGAUCUUUUGAUUGUCUUGGGAACAUCCCUCACUGUUCGUCCAUUCGCUUCCUUGGCCGGAAUGGUCGAGAAGGAUUGCCCGCGAGUGCUCAUCAAUCUGGAGCGGGUGGGCGAUUUUGGGAGCAGAUCGAACGAUGUCAUACUGCUGGGGAAAUGUGACGAAGUUGUUCGAGAUCUUGCGAAGGCGCUUGGGUGGGAAGAAGAACUGGAGAGGGCAUGGGAAGAGACGGCUCAGAGUGUCCAAUCUGAUCCGGCGAAAGUCCUCAAGCCAGGCCAAGAACAGAUUGACGUCGACAGGCUCGCAAACGAAAUAGGCAAGACUUUGAAUAUUGACGAAACUGUCGUGGACGAAAGCAAACCCCAGGACAGCGACGAGAAAGAUAAGCAAGCAGGGAGGAAAAACAGCGAGGAAGGGGUAACACUAGAAUUACCUGCAAACCCACCCACAAACGAGACUACAGACACCAGCAAAGCAAACGACUCCAUUGCGAACACGGUCGCAUCAUCAACCGUACUAACAUCAUAA